AGGUUAUUCGCAGUCAUAUGCUAACAUCACCUUGAAGGUUCGACCCCCGCAUCGGGCUCAAUUCCUGAUGCUUCCCAGUCAACUGGGAUUAGCAACCAAAUCAUUUUUUUCCCUUUUCUUUUUCCUUCGGCCUUUCCCUUGCUAUGUGUUUUUUUUUUUUUUUUUUUUUUCCGUAUCUUUUUGAUAUUACUUAUUUCUCGCUUCGGUAGAGUGAUGCCACCAGCGAACUACUUUUUAUGUGCAUCAUGCUUUCUAUGCCCUACUUUUUUACAUGUUUAUGGGGCGUGUGGAUUUUUUUUUAUUGACACAUUUUUCAACGUAGGACCAACACGUUUCUUGAAGUUGGAAGCAAGGUGUCCACGUGGCGACCCAGGCAGUGAAGGAUCACCAGUGGAGUCGAGUCGAAUCGAAUCGACAUAUUUUCGACUUGGGUUUCACAAACUCCAAUUUCUACAAAGUCUUUGGUUAAGUUGUUGGCUACGGUAUAGGUACUACACUACAUACACAUUAUGUACACAGUUGGUGCAGUAUUACAACGUCACUUUAUCGUCAAGCACGUAAAAUAGGAAAGUCGUUGAUGGGAAAACCCCAAAGUUGGUGAGAGUUUACAAUAGACUCUUUAUUAAUU